AUGGAUAAUAAAAUCGUUUACAAGACACGAGUGGUAUUCAAAGUGAUGGACUUUGCCAAUGAAUUGGACACCAAUUGGACGGUUAUGAAGUAUAUUGAUAGCAAUAAGUUUAUGAUUGGAUCAAUGGAUGAAUGGUAUUGUAGUAUUAGACUUGAAAAUGAAUCGUUUGGUUUGUAUUUAGAUUUGUCUGUUGGUAGUCAACUACCAAUUGAAACACAAUACUGGAUGUCUAUUAUUGAUAACAAUAACCAAUUGUUUGUCAGAAAAAAAGUUGACCACAUAUUUGAUGAAAUAGAGGGCUGGGGUUUCGCAACAUUUAUCAGAAAACAACUAUUAGUCGAUAAUAAAGAUAUACUAUUGACUGAUAGUAUACUUACCAUUGGUAUCGACAUAACGAUUCAGAAGACUAACAAUUGUCACAAAAUCUGUGGCCUAAAUCCCAGUCGUUUCGAACAAUUGUUUCGUAUCGAAGAACUAACCGAUUGUCGACUGAUUGUCGGCAAUAAAGACAAGAAAGAGUUUUUAGUAUCAAAAUUACUGCUCAGUUUGAGAUCAGAGGUCUUCGAGAAGAUGUUUACCACUGAUUGUAUUGAAAAGAAUAACAACGAAGUGGUCAUCGAUGACAUUGAAAGCGAUGUUUUCGAUCAGUUUCUGAAUUAUCUCUACACUGGAAAGUGUAACAAAUUGGAUGAAAUGAUUGAUAAGUUGCUAUACGUUGCCGACAAAUAUAUGGUAUCGUCGCUGAAGACUAUUUGUUUGAAUUUGAUUUAUUUGCAAAUCAAUGGUAGAAAUGCUUUGCAAACACUGAAACUGUUUCAAGACUUUGGCGCCGAUAGAGAACUGAUGAAAAAAGUUAGCGAAUCUAUUGCCGAAAAUAUUACUUCAGUUGUCUGUCAAGAGUUUACCAAACAUUAUGCCAUUGAUUCAGAAAAUAUGUCAUCAAUUGUCAGUCAUUUGGGAAAUCAAUUGACUAAACCUAAGACUAAACUAAUAUAA